UGCCCUAGUUCUCGUCAUCAGAUCACUGUUGUGCCAGAGAUCUUCUCAAGCAGUGUUUUAUUGCGGAAUAAUGCCGAUCCUUUACGAAAUCAAGACAGAUCCCGCCAAAGGCAACAUCCUUGUGGCCAAAAGGGACAUUCAAGCAGGAGAACUGAUUUUCAACGAUCGCCACAUUGUUUUGGGGCCCAAAGAAUUCGGCAACCCGAAAGACCAUUGUAUUUCGUGCUUUAAAGCCAAAGCGUCGCCUUGCUUGACUUGUGAACUCCCUUUUUGCCAUGAAGGUCAUUGUAGUCAAACCCAUCAAGUCGAGUGCGACACUUUGUUCCAGCAUCUCAAAUCAGAGCCCUUGCCUCUUCGACUUGCUUUGGUAGCCCCCUACCGGCUAGCUCGCGCCAUGGCAGAUGAUAGUGAACACGUGCAAACCAAGAUGGAACCCUUCAUGGAUCACGAAGAGGCCCGAAAGGCCUUAACCGGACAUCAAGAACGAAUUGCGCAUAUGAGACGCAUGAUAGUGGCCGUAAGACCAGAUCUGGAGCAAAUUCUUAACCGUGUCUUUGGAUUGCUUCAUGUGAACGCUUUGGAUGUGAGAAAUGGCUUGGGACGAGCGCUUUUCCCCACGUUGUCUUACGUUUCCCACUCGUGUGUUCCCAAUUCCAGGCACAUCAUGGAUGAAGUGGACGACGAUGGGAACCUACAUAUUCGGUUGUACAGUCAAGUGACGAUUCCCCAGGGACAGGAGAUCACCAUAACAUAUACGAACUUGCUGCGUCACACCUUCGCUCGUCAAGCAGCUCUUCGACGGCAAUGGUUCUUCUCUUGCCAUUGCGAGCGCUGCUCAGACCCCACAGAGCUCAAAAGUGGGAUUAAUCUGGUGUACUGCCCAUCCUGCACCAAGAGUUAUCUAAUGCCCGACCAAUCCGAGGAAGAUGUACCCUUUUGGUCGUGCUUGGCGUGUCUCAAAGCCAUUUCGGAAGAUCAAUUGCAAGGCUUCUUGGAAGUAUUAAAGAGCAAAUUGGAUGCCAUCCAACCUUUGGCUAUUGAGCCAUUGGAGAAGUUUUUGCUCUAUUCGGCUCAGUUUGUUCACAACUUUCACUAUCUGUGCCUCAUCGCCAAAAGGUAUCUUUCUCAACUUUAUGAUGAAACCGAUGCAGAUCAGGCUGCCAAGAAGAGAUUGCUUUCUCAUGAGUUGAUGAUAGUGUUCGAUGCUCUAGAUCCCGGGUAUUCCCAAUCUCGGGGAUUGACCAUGAUCGAAAUGGUGAAAAGUGAUCUAGCCUUGGCCGAACACUCCCAAAUGGAAGACCCCGAGUUUCAAGAGAUUCUCAAGGAAAAGAUAGACUUGGUCCACCAAUGCCUUGAUGUGGAGCCAAAGGACUCUUUGGCCGGAGAGGCGCUGAAGAAGUUCAACCAGAUCAUCGCAAAGUAGAACACGUCUUUAAUGAUUAGAUUUUCCCACUGCAUAUGAUCCUUACACUGAAUUAUAAAAUAUCUCUUUUUUGUGAACCCCCCCAUACACCAAA